AUGGCUUUCGGUGGUCUCUUCGGUGGUUCUUCAUCCUCUUCUACUCCAGUUACAGCUACUGCUGUCAACACCUCGAACGAUGUAAAGGAGCAGCUCAAGCAACAAAUCGCCCAAGAGCUUGCAGUUGCCAAUGCCACCGAGUUGGUGAACAAGAUGACUGAGAACUGCUUUGAACAAUGCCAGAAGGCUCCAUUUGCUAAUGGCGAGGAUGUAUGUUAUUGUGUUGAGAAAUGUUUGGAGAAGUACAUGAGAGCAUGGAACACAGUAUCUAAGACAUACAUCUCUAGAAUUCAACAGUCCAAUAACUGA